CUUUAACAAACAUUCAAAUAAAAUCUCUCAGGCCCAGUUCAUUUUGUCUCAAAGAUCAAAGCCAUGGGCUUAAGAUUCACUAAUUCCAAAUUAGAUGUAUUUAAAGGAAGAGAGGCUCCGCCAACACACUACAUUCUCAAAAUUCAAUCAUUCAACUUAUUUUCGAGAUCUUUUUUGGAGAAAUAUAGUUCAGACAUGUUCGACGUAGGAGACUACAAAUGGAGAUUAACGAUAUACCCAUGUGGGAACAAGGAUGAAGGCGGGCAGGGCCAUAUUUCGAUAUUCUUGACGUUGGCGAACACAAGUUCCCUCCCUGUCGGAUGGGAGCUCCAUGCCAUGUUCAACUUCUUCGUGUAUGAUCAAAAUCGCGACAAGUACUUCUCACUCCCAGACAACCAAUUAAGGCGUUUCCACGUGAUGAAAACGGAAUGGGGCGAGGCCAAAUUCCUGGAGCUUCAAGUCUUUAAUGACUCUUCCAAUGGGUACUUGAUCGACGACGCUUGCGUGUUCGGUGCCGAAGUCUACGUUCUGAAGAUGACUCGCAAAGCCGAGUACUUGUCGACUUUGAAAGAACCCAAUACCGGCAUCUACACCUGGACGAUCAAGCCCUUUUCUGCUUUCACCUUGGAUCAUUACGAGUCGCAGUGGUUCGUUGCGGGAGGCCACAAAUGGAGGAUUAUAUUCUAUCCUCGCGGGAAUGGCAUCGGGAAGGGCAACAGUGUUUCGGCGUUCCUGUCUCUGGACGAGUCCACACUUCCACCGGACACUCGAUUGGUUGUAAGAUAUGCCAUCCGUGUGCUUGAUCAAAAUGAACCCAAAGCGGACCCAUUUGAAUUAAGAGAAGAAAUCCAUUUUGGAGCGUCGUUCUCGGUAUUGGGAGCUCAAAAGUUCAUGCCAUUGGCUAAGCUCAAUGACCCAAAGCAACCAUACUUGGUGGGAGACACAUGCGUAAUGGAAGCUGAAGUUACCUUGUUCGGAACAGUCUCCACAACUUCUUAACAAUCGGGAUGAUUUUAAUAUCUGUAUCUAACGCGAUUAACAAAAGUUGAUGGGAUUUAGAACAAAUAAUGGGAUUUAGAACAAAUACAACUUUAUCAUUGUUUCCUUGGAGGAUUCGGAUCCAUCCUCGUCGGAACGGCAUAUAUAUACUCCAUUAUUUUAAAAUUUAAUAUACAACUUAUCUUUGUUAAACUAGCACAAAUGUCUCAACAUCCUCCUCGACA